UGCUCCGAGUCGAUGUCUUGAUGGCAUAGCUUCGCAACUCAUUCGCUCCGCAUCAGCAUGACGAGGAGCAAAAUACCGCCGAAGCCGCAAAAGUAGCCUCUAUGUUACCGUCAGCUACAAACGGCUUAUUAAAGUGCAAUUUUUCACGCCGCUUCCCCAAAGUUAAGACAAAAUGGAAGGACAAGGGGACGGACGGCACAACGGUCCAAAUUGCUACCGCAUCCCGUUGCCGAUCGGAAACGGAGCGCGGAAUAUGGAAACCCUUGGGCUAAGGGUUUUUAUCUUAAAUCAGGAGAUCAUCUUUUCCAUCCACGCUAUGAUCAGGCCACCCGAUAAUGACGUCAUCGACAACGACGGGAACAACGAAGACAACGACGAGGAUGACUACAUCGAAGACAACGAGGACGACAACGAGGACGAUAACGAGGACGACAACGAGGAGCACAUCGACGAAGACGAAAACGUCGAAGACAACGAUCAGGACGAAAAUAUCGAGGACAACAAUAACGAGAACAUCGAAGACGACGAAGAUGACGUCACCGAAGACAGCGACGGCGAUGCCGACGUCGAAGACAACGACGGCGAAAUGGAAGAGCACCACGAAUACCACCCGGACGACAACAACAACAUGAACGACAUGAACAUGAACGACGAGAAUGCCGUGCUCCUCUUCAGAAUCCGCGUCAGGCCGCUGCAACACGGCGACGUGUUCGACGACAUUUUCCUCGAGCUGCGCUUGGUGAACAACGACGACUUCGACGAGAUCGACAACAACGAAGACCAAAACGGCGACGUCAACGAGGAGAACAUCGAGGACGACCAGAAUAUCGACGAAGAUGACGGCUUCGAAAACGUCAUCAACGCCGUCAAUAAUAUGGGCGACGACGAUAACAACGGUAAUGACGACGAUCGGGAAGAGAGUGACUGCAAUAACGAUGAAGGUUUUGAAGACUUUGACAAUGACAACGAAAAUAUUGAAGGUCUUUGUGUCACUGGCACCGUUGUCAACGCAAAGAGGAAAAAUUUCCAACCUGGAGUCUACCAGGACCUGGACGAUCCUUUGCCAGGACCUUCGAGGGAGAGGUCGAUCGAGAACGACGAUGAUGAAACGAGCAGAGGAAAACAGUUCCAAUGGUGGGAUGAUUGCAACUCGGACAGUUUUUCUGAUAACUUCCACGAAGAAGAGGACUACCACCGCUGUUCUACAUCCAAGCAAAGGUCGAGCGAUGACAUAGAUUCCCAAGACGACAGGAGGGGGAAGAAAACGCGGAAAAAAAACUUCAUCUCAAAAUCGGAAGACGAGGACUUUGCCUUUUGCUCGAGUGACCAUGACGGAGACGAGGACCUCCCGCCCGGAUCCUCGAAGAAGAGGCCGCGAGGAGAGGGAGGACAUUCGUCCGAAACGGGACGACGCGAGAAGCGUUUUCGACAAGACACCGCCACCGAUAGCGACUUGGACGAUCCCCAACCAGACCCCCGGCCUGGAUCGUCUUCAAACAGGUUGAGAGACAAUCAGGACAAAGAAACUAAGGACGGUGAGAAAUAAUUCACGAGGCAGGGAUAAUAAUUCAUUAACUGAUAAUGGAGAAUUGAUUCCCAUUGUUCGGAGUCGUCGAUUGGAUCGCGUCUCGAAGCAACUGAGGCGAAGUGAAGUGCGCUGGCCGACAACCACCAGAAGAGGCGCCGUUGGGUCAGUCUCGACUCGUUUGCUGGCUCAAGAGACGAAGCAUGAUGUCAGCAUAACUCCGGGCAGCAUGAUUGUGCUGCUCGACGGCAAUGACGCUGAAACAGGAGUUCAGAACAGUCGAGAGAUUUUCAACCCGUCAAUUAAAACUACAAUCGAAACCAGUAGGUCAUUGAAUAUACAUGUCUCGUACAUGUUUAUUCUUGAUUACCCCCGCCAAGGGACAUUUGAUGAAAUAUUGUGCACCGGAGGGAGGAUUAUGAUUUAUAUCUAAAUCCAGAUUUUCCUUUUUUUAUUUUUUUAUUCUCACAUUUUCCUAAUGUACGGAGAGUGUCGGAGAACGCUUUCAUCGUUUCUGCAGAUAAUCCAACAUAUCGUUUAUACAUGUACAGAUCUUUUUUUUUUUUUUUUUUUUUUUUUACUCCGUGCACGUUAGAUCCAGUCAAUGCCAGAACUAUUUUUUUGAAAAGGCGACAUCACACACAUGCGCACAUGAUCGUGUGUUGAUGACAUAAUUUGCUUUGUUCAAAGCACCUGAAAAGGAGGUAACAAAAACAUGUGGCGAUGACACAGAGCAUUAAAGCAAACAUUGUUUUCCUGGACGCACUGAGCACCGUUUUUGUAUUUUUUUCCCCCCUAAAUGAUGUUUGAAGCUUGUUUGUUUACGAGUAAACAAUCGCAAAAGUUCACCCAACGUAACCUGAAUGGUUCUUUUUUUUUUUCGGGUUGUAUACAAAGUACAAUUUUUCAGAGCAGGUGCCUGAAGUAAAGACAAAAAUGGAAGGACAAGGUGACGGAUGGCACAAUGGCCCGAGUAGUUACCACAUUCCGCUGCUGAUAGGAAACCGACCGCCCAACGAUGACCCGAACAUGGAAUACAUUGUCGUGCUGGAUUUUAUCGUGAAUCAAGAGAUUAUAUUUGUCAACGAUGCGGAGCCGUGGCCAAACGGCGACAUAGAUAUGAACGUCGACGAGAACGAAGACAACAUUGACAUGAUCAUCGACGGAGACAAUCAGUUGGAAGCGGCCGUCGGGGCGGAGGUUGAGAUAGGCCUCAUUGGAAGCGCGGCGGAAGAAGACACUCUGCUCUCCUCGUCGAGGAAUAUCUGCAAACGCGACGAUGAGGAAGAAGAGGACGAGGAAGACAGCAGCAGUUUCCGGUGGUGGGAUGAGUUCGAUGGCAACAGUUCUGACGGCAGUGCCGAGCAAGACGGGACUGAUGUCGAAGCCCCGCUAAUGCUACAAACGCAAGCUAAUGUGUAUG